GGAGAAGGAGGUGCAUUUCUAUCGUAAGACUCCGGUGACCUGUUACUACUUGGAGGGUGUUCUAGCGAGAGUUUUUGCAUCCUUGAUCCCCCUAGGAGUCUUGCUGGGAAGGAACCCAAACGGGCCCAUCCCCUUCACGUCUCCCGCCACCGGACUGUUCCAUUCCGAGCGUAGAAAGUGGGGAAUUCUCCCGUGCCGGGCAGGCGGCGACCUUCUCGCUCGCAACUUCUCCAGCCUCCUAGACCCGAACGCGGUCUUGAGGAGGUCGAAUCAGCAGCGGCCAAGAGACUCCCGGGAACAGCAGGCGGCGAGGAAGACGAAGGAGCGCCGAAGCCCCCUGCUCUCUCACCCCCUGCCCCUGCUCAUCCAGCCGCCCGGCGUCCUGCGCUGGGACGCCUGGCGGCGGCGGCUGGUUCCAGCUCGGGCUUGGAAGAGGCACAGAACGCGCGCUGCGGCCGAUCCCCGCGUGUAGGUGGAGCGAACGCGCGGCCAGGGUGGCCCCCGGAGACCCCCGAGGAGCAAGAUGCUUGAAUUGGAUGAAAUCUUUAAUGCCCCAAGUGAUGAUGAAGACUUUCUUGGCUUUGAACCUGAUGUUCCCAUGGAAACGCUGUCACUGGUGGAUUCCUUUGAAAGUUAUGAUUCACUGGAGUCAAGAAAAAGGGAUAUUCAUUUGCAAUCCAAGUAUCUGACUGAGGAGCUGAGAAGUAUUUUCACUGAAGACACAGAUUCAGAAAAUGAAGUGUUUGAAGGGUUCUCUUCAAAUGAGCCGGAAAUAAAUGGGAAGAAGGAUGUGAAGGUGGUGGAUUCUCAUCUGAUCAGUGAGAGUGACACUUUAUCUAUGACAACAACUGAGGAGAAGGAAGAGAAAGGGAUAGCUUCCUCUAAGAGAAGGAGUUUUGGCUUUCGUGUGGCAUUGCAGUUUCCCAAUAAGAAGUCUGAUGAGAAGAGGGUAUCGGACAAGGUUGACUCAAAGUUUUGCUUGAAGGACAGUAGACACCCCUACACACUUGCAAGAACAAAAAAUAAUAAAACCUGGAAGAAACUAGGCCAGGAGACAUCCUCAGAGUCUGAAGAAGAUGCUAAAGAGGCAUCAAAAGAUACCUCUAGUGCACUGCUUAAAAGAGCUAUGAACAUCAAAGAAAAUAAAGCCAUGCUUGCUCAGUUAUUAGCAGAACUGAAUUCUAUACCUGAUCUAUUUCCAGUGAAAACCCCAACAUCAACUCCUUCUAAACAGAAGAAAACGCCAAAGAGAAUGUUUUCAGAAGGUCAGAUAGAGCGUCGUACUAACCCAACCAGGAAUGCUCGUCCCCCGGAGAACUUUGCCUUGGAAAAUGUUACUUUUUCUGCUGUCAGAUUUGCUGAACAGCUUAACAAUUACAGAUGCCGAAACAGUUUACAGAAAAGAUUAAAAGAGAACAGUUUGAAGGUGCCCAAAAGAAGACGAUCAUCCAAAUACUGUUCAUUCCGACCAGUUGAAGAUAUUACUGAUGAGGAUUUAGAAAACAUUGCAAUAACUGUUAAAGAUAAAAUCUAUGAUAAGGUUCUGGGAAGUACAUGCCAUCAGUGUCGACAGAAGACAAUAGAUACAAAGACAGUUUGUCGUAAUGAAGGCUGUGGAGGGGUGAGGGGACAGUUUUGUGGGCCAUGCCUCCGUAAUCGCUAUGGAGAAGAUGUGAAAUCUGCACUUCUAGACCCAGAUUGGGUCUGUCCCCCUUGCCGAGGGAUCUGCAAUUGCAGCUACUGUCGCAAACGUGAUGGCCGUUGUGCUACAGGGAUGCUCAUCCAUUUGGCAAAGUUCUAUGGCUAUGACAAUGUGAAAGAGUAUCUGGAAAGCUUGCAAAAGCAACUUGCUGAGGACGACUGAAGAUACUGGAAGUAGCUGUGCAACACUCAUAAUUUGUCGACUUUAUUUUUUACUGUUUUAAAUCAGAGUUUGAGAUCUUAACAUUUCAUUACAAUUAUGUUUAUAUAAUAUAGAAGUGUAGAUAGAAGCUAUUUGAUUGCUUUUUAAAAAACUGCUGCUGAAUGUAUUGCAGGGAUUUCUCAGGAAAACAUUGGUUCAAAGGAAUCUACAUGUUAUACAUUCAUUUUGCCACAAAACACUGGGAAUUUAUUUCUGUGAAACUCUGACAAAAAUGAAUGGAGCUUAAUACAGCUUCCAUUCAUUUCAGCAGAGCCUUUACUGGAAAAGUACCUCUGGACUGUACUGCUUAAGAGCAGAGACCAGCUAUGAAUAGCUAAUUUUCAACAGAGCUGCAAAGUCUAUCAAAGAGCUACUCUAAAUUGCUUUAGAAAUAUUUUAAAUUAGAUUUUACAAAUUUAACACUCAGAGCAUUAUUUUAUUGGCACUGAGAGAAUGUCAUUGUAUCAGUAUCCUACAGGUUACAUUCUUUCUUAACCCCAGCAAUUUUCUCUUCUGGCAUCUGAGUUAGACAAAAUCUCACCAAAAUUAUAUUUAAAUUAAAAUAUUGUAACAUGA